AUGGCCCAGACUGUCGUACUCAAGGUUGGCAUGUCCUGCCAAGGCUGCGUUGGAGCUGUUAAGCGGGUUCUGGGAAAGAUGGAAGGUGUUGAAUCUUUCGAUGUAGACAUCAAGGAGCAGAAGGUCACAGUGAAGGGCAAUGUAACACCUGACGCUGUUCUGCAAACUGUUUCCAAGACGGGCAAGAAGACUGAGUUCUGGGAGGCUGAGCCCGUGACAAGUGAAUCUGCCGCAGCACCUGCUGAUGCUACUACUGCCUGA